AUGUUCGAUCGAUCGAUGGAGCGAGAAAGAUCGGGUACGCGUCAGGCGGAAGCACGCAGCAGCACGAUGAAAUCCGUCCCACCGUCAUCGUCAUCCGCGAGCAGGAAUCAAAGUACACCGUCAAGGUUGAGUUCCUUUGCGGGCAGUGCGAUGGGUUUGGAUCGGACGCUCAGUACACCACCGGUCGCUGAAUCGACGCACAUCGGCAGCACCAGCUUCAGUUCUGCCUGGAACGGUACCAGCAUCGGUGGACAGUCCAAACGGAGGCCCACCUCACCUUUACUGAACAACCGCACACUGUUCAAAAGCAGUGGGAAUCUGACGGGAAUUGGCCGUGUUAACUCACGCGUUCUGACUGAUGCGCAAAGUCCCGGUUUGGUGAAUCGAUUGGUGCGCUAUUACGAUCGGAGCCAGUCACAAACGAUGAAUCGUUCCCAGUCUCUAUCGAGCGUGUACAACAAACCGGGACAGUUUCCUUUGGUGCAGUUGCGCAAGCAGGAGCUGCGGUACGCGAACAGCAGUUCGUCCCGGCGGAAUGGAAACUUCAGUAUGGUCCGCAUAGCGCCACCGGAACGUUCCCUCUUUCACACGAACAAGCGCAGCAGCAUUUUUCGCAGCGGUUCGUUGCUCCUACCGAGCACAAACGAGUCAGCCAGCGAAACGUCUUUGUUCAGCGGUUUGGGGUCUGCCCGGAAUGGACCCACCGGGGGAGGUGGCGGUGAAGAGGCGGACGUUGAAAAUCGCGUAAUCACACCGUGUGCCGAGCUGGAAGCGACACCGACCCGAAGCGUACUCGAUGCGUUGAAGGAAAUAUCGCGGAAGCGCAUUAACAGCGAGGAACUGGACGCGGAUCGUAUCAAGAAGCAGUGCCAGGAGCUGUCGGAGCUUGAUGCGGCCGGCAGUGGGCCUCCAUCGUCGACGGCAGCCGUUGCCAUUGGAACGCACGGGAUGGCAACGAAGCGAACCCGCGAACAGGCGACGGAAAGUAGCCCUUCGUCACCGUCAGAACUGGGACCCGGACUGGGUGGUGUGGCCCGUCUACCAAGCUCAGGUGGCGAACAACAGUCGCAAAAGAAGCGGCUUUGCAUAAAAAACAAUGACAUUCUCAGUUCGCUCAGCUCCAGUUUGGUGACGAUGAACACACCGAAGCGAAUCAUGGUACCACGGGCGGAGCGACGCUUUAUCGCGAAUCAUGCCACUUCGAUGAGCAUGUCCAGCCCGACAAUGGGAACAAUGCCAACAUCCUCUUCCACCAUGGUCGGGCCUGCCACACCAGAGAAGUUCUCCAACUUGGCACUAAACACACCGGAAUCGCUAAGGCGAAGCGAAAGUCCAAGGGCACCCAAUGGUCACCCAAGCCGGACCAGCUCGAAUCUUGACCAUUGGAAGCAACCGGUUCGCGGUGCAAGCAACGAACCGAUGGAGCAGGCACCUACGCAGCACCGUGCCCCACCAAAGAUAACACUCUUUAACCGACCGUACGAAACAGCGAUAUCAACCUCGUCGGCGGAUAAAUCUGGCUCACCUUCUGCUAGAGGCAACAGCCGUAUAAUAGCUAGCGAUGGCGAGGAGGAUGAACACGGUGAAGGCAGCGGAAAGGUGCAGUUUGUGAAGCCGAAGGAAAAAUCACCCAACGAUAUAACCCUGUCCGGAUUGGGUACGAGCGGGUUUAGUUCUUCGCGCGAUCCGCUCAAGAAACCGGCCCCAUCGAAGCUAACCGUGAUGUUGAAGUGUUUAAGCGGCGAUCUGGACGACUAUGAAGAGGAAGAGGAACAGCAACAACCACCGCAACCACGCUUAUCGCAAGCACUUACACAAUCGCGCACCGGGUUCAGUAUAGGUCGGCCUACUUCCGCCAAGGAUACCGUAGAUGCGAUGCCCAAGGAACUUCCAACGAUCGUUGCCCCGAAGCCCGCAAACGUGACUGUAGCGGAUACGGUGGUCACUCCCGUUAGUUCACCGUCGCCUCCUUCGUCACGAACAGUCACAAACGGAUUAUCGGCUUUGAUAAACAAUCCCAUCAAAGAUACCGGGCUUGGUAAGAUAGCUUCACCUGCAUCCAAGGAGCCCAGCACUGAAACGACUGCUGCGAAACCAAGCGAAAAGAAAACUCCCGAAAUAAAUGUCGCUCAACAAUCGGAAGCUGCAAAAUCGUCAACGUUUACGUUCGGGUCUGGCGGUGCGACAUUGGCUACCAUUCCUUCAACGCCACCCAAAACGAUCGCAAGUACUGGAUUUACCUUACCGAUUAAACCCACCACAACUACUGCCGCCGAACAGAGCAGUACUGUUGCCACGGCAACCACAUUUACGUUUGGAACAUCGGUACAAUCGUCUGCCGCUCCAUCAAGCAGCAGUCCAUUCGCUGCUUUAAGCACCUCGAAUUUGAUUUCCUUCUCACCGGCUACGGCUGGAAAGCUUCCCACACCCGUACUUCAGUUUGGUGGCAGUCCGGUAACAUCAUCCACGGUCACCACCACAGCGACGCCAACCAGUACGCCAACAUUCUCCUUCACGGGUGGAGCAUCUAAAACAGCGACCCCAGCCUCAAUAACAACAACAACCACAUCUCCACAGAUAGCCUCGAGUGCCAGUUUGCCCACCUUCGGAGCUGGUUCCACGUUCGGUGGCUUUAAACUUCCCGUUUCUCCCACGGUAGCGUCCUCAUCAUCUGGUCAGCCUCAAACCAAUACCAACAGCACCACAACAGCGACGAUGUCAGCAGCAACAGCCGUGCCUCCUGUGUUGAACUUCGGUUUCAGCGGUGCUGCCAGCAACAAACCCGCAACAACAUCGGCAACAAUCCCAACGUUCGGUGCCGGAUCCUUGCUUACCAGCACGGCGGUCAGUACGGUGGGCUCUGCGAUCACGAUCACAUCUGUUGUUCCGGUUGCUGGAAGUGGGGCAUUCACGUUUGGAAGUGGCAAUACCGCAACAAAUGCUGCCCCUAUCAGUGCGUUUACGUUUGGCACAGCAGCAGCAGCAACAGCAGCGAAGGCCAGCCCUACGGCGACCGGUACAAAAAGUGCUGUUUCUUCCUCCUUGGCGCCUGCAACAACAUUCCCAACGUUCGGUUCACUGGCCGGAACUACAGGACAGGCACCAGCGACAACAACAUCAAAUACCAGCGGAACUAUUACAAACCAGACGCCAUCGCAACCAUUCAUGUUCGGUGGCGUGAAACCGACGCCCGCAACAACAGCAAACAUAUUUGGGGCUGCCACAACCACCACCAGCAGCGCACCAUCCGAUGGCAGUAAUAGCGGUGGUAAGACAAACCUAUUCGCUUCCGCAGCUUCACAACCACAACCGAACGCCACACCGUCCAUGUUCGGGGCGGUUGUUGCUGGACAAGCGUCCACUGCUGGAAACACAGCGACGGGAACUUCCAUUUUCGGUGGUGCUAUUGGUACAACAGGAACUGGAACCGCUGGAGGUGCACCAUCUCCGUUCACGUUCGGUGCCAACAAAGCGGUCACCGGAACACCUGCACCGACGAAUGGUGCUCCCAACAAUGCUCUCGCCGCUACUGGCUCCAUCUUUGGCAAUGCUGCUUCAAUAAGUUCUCCAGCAGGCAUACCAGCUCCCACAGGUGGAAUUUUCACAUUUGGUUCGACGAAACCAACGGCAGCACCAGGCACGACGCAACAAAGUAUAGCUACACCACCCCAACAACAACAACAACAACAUCAACAGCAGCCGAAUGCGCCUGCAACACUACCAAAUUCCCAAGUUAUACCCACGUUCGGUGCUGGUUCUGGUACGGCCACGAACGCAACACCAUUCACUUUUGGUGCGGUAGCAAAUAAGACGCCUGCGGGUACUACGCCCGGAUCCGGAAUGUUUGGCACCAUGUCAAACAACACCGCUGGAACGGUCGGUGGUAACACCUCUACUUCUGCCGUGCCCACAUUUGGUGCGGGCGCUAUGAACGGUACUGGCCCAGUUCCGACGUUCGGUGGUGGUUCCAUCUUUGGCAAUACACAGCGCCCGGGUACUGCUACUCCAAGCGCCCAAAAUCAAGUGGCCGGUUCCAUCUUUGGAGCAACACAACCGAACGGACCUCAGAGUGUAUCGAACAAUGCAGCGGCAGCUCCGGCACCAACGGCUUCAUCCGGAGGUUUGUUUACCUUUGGUGCGACCAACAGCGCUGCAUCCAGUAAUAACAACACCUCAUCCGGCACGUUUGGUGCAACCGGUGUAACCGGCAGUACCUUCGGUGGCUUUAAUGCUACCGGUGGAGGUCUUGCGAAUGGUAUCGGCACCACCAAUCAGACGACGACACCCAACAAACCGUUCACGUUCGGUGCGACCAACACCAAUGCCGGUGGUACGAUGCAACAAAACAAUCUAAACCCGCAACAACAGGCAACACCCAGUGCACCGGGCGGUUUCAACUUUAACCUUGGUUCGAAUGCGGCCAAACCGUUUAACUUCACCGGUGGGAUCGGUAGCGUCAACACGAACGGAAAUGUAUCGUCUCCACCAAUGUUCGGGUCACCGGUAGCAACGGGUGGCAACACGAACCCAGCCGGCAAUGCGUCACCCUUCACAUUCGGCGCAAUGGUAAAUGGGGGGAAUUCAUCCACCGGCAACAAUACGUCGGCCACCCCGGGACCAUUCACGUUCGGUGCAUCGGUAGGACAGCAGGGCCCGGGUGCAGGUGGUGGUGUAACGUCACCGUUCAAUUUCUCUGCCGGUAAUGUAGCGGCCGUUGCACCGCAACCACAGCAACAACCGGGCGCAGCGUUUAACUUUGGCGGUCAGCAGCAGCAGCAGCAGCAGCAGCCGUUCGGGAUGGUGGGCGGUGUUACGCCAGCAUUUGGUGCACCACCUGCCUUUGGUGGUCCGGGUGUGGUGCCCGGUGGUGGAGUUAUGCCAACGUUCAGCAUCGGUACGAACUCGACACCUAAUGGACCGACGGUUGGCCAGCGGCGAAUAAAGGUGGCGACGAGGCGCGUUAAGUGA